UCUCGCAAGUUCCACCGAGAAUACUGUUUGCUGCGCGCUUAUCUCACUAUAUUUUUGUCCCAUUUGCGGACUAUCAGUUUUCUACCUCCUUUGUUGUUGGAAGUCGCCUUCUGCGCCAGUGUGUGUAAAGGCCGCACUUUCGACGGAUCUAUAUCUAGACUUCAAUUGUCUACUUAAUCGCAACACUUUAAUUUGAAUCAGAACAAUGAAGUUCCUAGCUCUCGCGGUGUCUUGCCUGCUGGCGCUCUCCGGAGCCCUGGCCGCUGACUCCUGCUACCAGGAUGUCUCUAUAGACUGUUCGCAGGCAUCUAACAGCAUGGUGCUGGCGAAAUGUAACGCCAUCUACGGCGGCUACGGUCACCAUGGCAACCUGGCCUCCGAGAUGCAAGCGUACGCGAACCUCCAUCUCGCUCGCUCGUACGAGUUCCUCCUAUCUGCGUCCUACUUCGACAACUACCAGACCAACAGGAAGGGGUUUAGCAAGCUGUUUAGGAAGCUGUCUGAUGACGCGUGGGAGAAGACUAUUGAUCUUAUCAAGCAUAUUACUACUCGAGGUGGAGUAAUGGACUUCGCCCGCCGCUCGACCCUGGACAGCAGCAGCAAGAACUACACAGUCGAGCUGAACGAGCUGGAAGCUCUCGCUAAAGCCCUGGACAUUGAGAAGGAGAUCGCUGAACGCGCCUUCCACAUCCACGGUGAAGCUACUAGGAACAGCCAGCAUUUGCACGAUCCUGAGAUCGCUCAAUACAUGGAAGAAGAGUUCAUCGAGGACCACGCCAAGACCAUCCGCAACCUGGCCGGUCACACCUCGGACCUCAAGAAGUUCAUCGCCCAGAACGACGGCCAAGACCUGUCCAUCUCGCUUUAUCUGUACGACGAGUUCCUUCAGAAGACCGUCUAAAUUACAAUAAUUACCAUUUUAGUAGGAGUUCGGCUACGCUGGUAACCCUAUUUAAAACAACUACCAUCUUUAAAAAUAAUCGAUAUCAAGUUUAUCAGCAGAAAAAGGAAAAAUCAAAUCUUCUGUGACGGGUCGCGUUUACAUUUUUUUGACUGAUUGAAACUGCUUGACAGACAUUUAACAUCUUAAAUAAACUACCAGUUUAGUAGAAAAUUUGAUUAUGGUAGUAACUCAAAUAUAAGAUUUGUCAUCAAUAAAAAGCCUGUUAUAGUAGAAAAUCAUCACAAUCUACUAUUUAAAAAUGUGUUUUGUAAUAAUUACAGUUUAUUUGAAUAAAUUAAUCCUCCACUAAAACUACCAUUUUAAUAGAAUAUUUAAGGCCAUUUGAAACAUGUACAAAUAGGGCUGUUUAAAUUAUGUGAUAUGUAAGUUUUUUUAUCAUUCAUUGUAUUAUAGACUAGAAUAGUUGUAAUCAGUUAUUUUCCAAAUAAAAGUUCUUUAACCACC